AUGCGGUCGGUCAAGGGGGGCGGGGGACUGCUUGGGGCGCAGGUGGUGGCUGGCUCGGUGGUGGUGGUGGUGCUGUUGAUGUGGGUGAAUGGUUUGUUUCACCAACGGGUUGAGAUGAGUCCAUAUCUGGCCGAGUUGGCCCGCAAUGGAUCGCAACCGCGCGUGGAUGUCUUUGUCGUGCUCUACAAGCCAAGCUGCAUCAAUCGUGCAGCCAUUCAGGCGCUAGCUCAGCAUACGGCACGUCGCAUCUUUGUGGUGACACCUGAACGAUAUUGUCGCAUCGUUGAAACCUUUGAUCCUGCUGUUCGCUGCAUGGACGAGACCAAGGUCGUGCCGGGCCUCACCGUACCGGCGCUGGCCGCCAUCAUGGAGGAGCUGGGGCUCGGGCAGGCCCGAGCUGGCUGGUACUUUCAACAGUUUAUGAAGUUGCUUGCCUGGCGCAAUGUCCCCGACGUGACCCCUCUCUUCUUGGUGUGGGACAGCGACAUGAUCAUGCUUCCCCAGUACCGAUCCUUGGACCUUAAGGGCCGCCUUCGCCUGAUGCGCGACGACACCCCGCCCGUCAUGGCUCAUGAUUGGUACCGCAACAUGACCGGAUGGCCCUUGUAUGACAGUCACCACGACUUUGUGGCUCACCAGAUGCCCGUCUACAAGCCAUUCAUGCUCGAGGUUCUCAAAGCCUUACAACUCGAGGACCCCCUCCACGCCUCCCCUCCCACAGUCCUCGCUUGGGUUCGCCGUAACAUGCAGGCCGUUCAGCAACGCUUCGUCGCCACGGGCCUCUCCGAGUACAUGGUCUACUGCUGGCACCUCAUCAUGCAUCAUCCAGAACAGACGGCACUUGUCGAGGGCGUGCAUUUUGAGCGUGACUACUCCCUACACCCGCUGACCCAGGCCGCACGCCUCCUUGAUGGCAAUUGCUGUCCUCGCGAAGCCAUCCUACACGCCUAUCUCCAGCAGGUGGCCAAGCAGCCCGGCCUCGAGUAUGCCGGCUACGAGCUCGGUCAUGGGCUUGGACAGUGCAACUUCAAGGCCGCUCCUUUUGCUGACAUGUACUUUCAUCCCUCCGAAAUGGCCCAGUACCAGGCUUUGCUACCCCCGUUAGCUGCCACUUAA